AUGGCUGUUGAAGAGAUGGAGAAGAAGAAGAAGAAGAAGACUAAAGGAACCAAUGAAAAGACAGAGAACAACAACGAGUUAACUAUCGACAAUCCAUCACCGAGAUGCGUUCUUGAAAUCCCAUCAACGGGCUCAUCAGACUCCGACAACAGCAGCAGUUGUAGCUCAUGUUCGCCUGACAAAUCAUCUUCACCGUUAUCUACAACUCCUCCGAACGUUUCGUCUUUUCAACACCACGGUCGUCAAUGGAACAAGAUGAUCGACUCCAUCAAGAAGAAGUCAAUAAGGAGAUUCUCUGUUAUUCCUCUCCUCGCUAGCUACGAGCUCACGAAGAAAAACAUGCGCAGGAAACAACCUAAGUUGUCUCUGUCGUCGUCUCCCGUUGACUGCGAUCAGCUCCUCGUCGUUAAACCCUCGUGGAGGAAUUUCACUUACGAAGAGCUUGUCGCCGCUACCGACAGUUUUAAUCCCGAGAAUAUGAUUGGAAAGGGAGGACAUGCUGAGGUGUAUAAAGGAGUUUUACCUGACGGAGAGACGGUGGCGAUCAAGAAGCUGAUGAGACACGCUAUGGAAGAACAACAACGAGUCAGUGACUUCUUGUCUGAGUUAGGGAUGAUCGCACACGUUAACCACCCAAACGCAGCUAGGCUUCGCGGUUUCAGCAGCGAUCGCGGUUUGCAUUUUGUGCUUGAGUAUGCUCCUCACGGCAGUCUCGCUUCUCUACUCUUUGGGUCUGAGGAGGAGUGUUUGGAUUGGAGGAAACGGUAUAACGUGGCUUUGGGUGUAGCUGAUGGUUUGAGUUAUCUUCAUAAUGAUUGUCCUAGAAGAAUUAUUCACCGUGACAUUAAAGCUUCCAACAUUUUGUUAAGUGAAGAUUAUGAAGCUCAGAUAUCUGAUUUUGGACUUGCUAAGUGGCUCCCAGAGAAUUGUCCUCAUCACAUUGUUUUCCCUAUAGAAGGCACAUUCGGAUAUCUAGCUCCAGAGUACUUUAUGCAUGGGAUUGUUGAUGAGAAGACAGAUGUGUUUGCGUUUGGUGUAUUGCUUCUAGAGAUUAUAACUGGUCGUCGAGCUGUUGAUACAGAUAGUAGACAAAGCAUUGUGAUGUGGGCGAAACCGCUUCUUGAGAAGAGCAGCGUGGAAGAAAUAAUUGAUCCUAAGCUAGGAAAUGACUUUAAUGAAACCGAGAUGAAAAGGGUAAUGCAAACAGCUUCAAUGUGCAUACACCAUGUAGCCACUAUGCGUCCUGAUAUGAACCGGUUGGUGCAGCUAUUGCGUGGGGAUGACCGGUUAGCUGAGCCGCAAGGUGGAACAAGAACAGUGAGUCUCGACGGGUGUGACUUGCAAGAUCAUACCUCUUCCUCGUACCUUGACGAACUCACUCGGCAUAGACAACUACUAAUGGAAUGA